AUGGCAUCUCUGACCUCGCUCUACAUUCCCAUCACGUAUCUCGGCCUACUGGUCGGCGCGAUGUAUACUUUCUCUCACAUCUACCGUCGCCGACAACGCUUGGCCAAGCAGCGCCUCGCACCGUACUUCCCAAGCCACACUGCACGCGACGCCUACCUCUCUCUACUCCACCUUCCCGACACCGUGCAUGGCAGCGACAAGCCAGUCAAGGUCCCAGAUUCUGUCCUCAAAGCCGCACUCUUGAAUCGCGCCGUCACCGAUGUGCAGCGCAUUCUGCAUCUACGAACGCGUAAACCUGCGCUUAGCACGCUCCUGCAACGGGGUGUUGUGGGCGAUGAGAUCUACCAGCGCUUGCUGCGAGCCGAACAAGAAAUGGAGGCGGAGGUGCAGGACGUCAUUGCGGAGGCUAAAGCGAGUGAGAUGGUACAGAACGAGAUUCUCAAGGAGAAACUAGCAAAGCAUAGGGAUGGCAUCGAGCAGGAGAGACAGCAGUGGCUCAAUACGAAGGAGGCGACUAGGAAGGAGCUCAUGGGCGAAUCUUCGACUGUCGAGGAAGUGAAGAAGACCGAGGCUACCGGAAGGGAUGCUUACCCGACGCCGCCACCCGACGCGAGACAGGCUGAUGAGAAGAGUGCUUCGCCGCCACCUCCGAAGACAGCAAGCAGCGAUGAAGAUGGCGUACUCGUUGAUACGCCAGGCGACGCCGCGGCAGAAGCAACGAUAUCCACAUCAGGCGGAGGCGGAGGCAAGAAGAAGAAAAAGGGCAAGAAAUAG